AAAUCUUUGACAAUAUCCUGUGUGUGAACGGUCUCUUAUAUAUAUAUAUAGACCGACUAUGUUGUUAUGCCUGAGAAUUUGUAAUUAAGAACGAGUUUUUGGUGUUUUAAUAGGAUGAAAAUAAACGAGAAAAAUUUGUGUGUUUUUGCCACUUCUCCUCCCUUUGAUUGCGAAGGAUUUUUGAAUAAGCGGGGUGAAAUAAAUAAGGCUUUCCAAAGGCGAUAUUUUGUUCUGAAGGGAAAUUUAUUAUUUUAUUUUGAGAAAAAAGGAGAUAAAGAACCAUUAGGACUCAUAAUUGUGGAAGGUUGUACAAUAGAAUUAUCCGAAGAAAGCGAUCAGUACUGCUUCGAAAUAGCUUUCAAUGGCAACCGAACUUAUAUCUUAAGUGCAGAUUCGCAGGAAAUUAUGGAAAAUUGGAUGAAAGCGUUGACGUGUGCAGGUUAUGAAUACAAAAAAUUGGUUGUGGCGGAACUGCAGCGACAAUUAGAGGAAAUUGAAUUUUCUCGUAAUAAAAUUAUUACCGAGGCCACUUCCGCAACAAAUGUACCAAGACCACCACCACGAAGGUACAACCCAUUCAAUCGACCAGCACCUCCCCUGCCAGGCUUUAGCAGUAAUAAUAAUGUCUCCUCAGAACCAUUCAUUAAUGGACAUUUGGUUUCCGCAAAACAGUGUGCCCAGACUUCAUCAGAAGCCGAAAUAUUUUCAGGUAUUUGAAUUUGAACUCCUGUUUGUUCGCUAAAAACAAUACCUACAAUAAUAAGUACCUGCAUUGCGGC